UUGGCUAGUGGGGUUUGGGGGGGCAGUGGGUGCACGGAGCCUGGUUCGUGACUGCCAGCCAGCCGGCAAGUAGACAGUCCCUGCGGUGGGUGGGGGAGGCGGAGGCGGCCAGCCUGGUGGCCGCGGGCCGCGUGGCCCAGUGGCCCAGUGGCGGCGGAGCCAUGGUCUCUAAACUGAGCCAGCUGCAGACAGAGCUCCUGGCGGCCCUGCUAGAGUCGGGCCUGAGCAAAGAGGCGCUGAUCCAGGCUUUGGGGGAGCCCGGGCCCUACCUGCUGGCUGGCGAUGGUCCCCUGGAAAAGGGGGAGUCCUGUGGUGGAAGCCGAGGGGAGCUGGCCGAGCUGCCCAAUGGGCUGGGGGAGACGCGGGGCUCCGAGGACGACACCGACGACGAUGGCGAAGACUUCACGCCACCCAUCCUCAAAGAGCUGGAGACCCUCAGCCCCGAGGAGGCGGCCCACCAGAAAGCGGUGGUGGAGACCCUUCUGCAGGAGGACCCAUGGCGCGUGGCAAAGAUGGUGAAGUCCUAUCUGCAGCAGCACAACAUCCCUCAGCGGGAGGUGGUCGACACCACUGGCCUCAAUCAGUCCCACUUGUCCCAGCACCUCAACAAGGGCACCCCCAUGAAGACGCAGAAGCGAGCAGCGCUGUACACCUGGUACGUCCGCAAGCAGCGAGAGGUGGCGCAGCAGUUCACCCAUGCGGGGCAGGGUGGGCUGAUGGAAGAGCCCACAGGUGAUGAGCUGCCAACGAAGAAGGGGCGGAGGAACCGUUUCAAAUGGGGCCCAGCAUCCCAACAGAUCCUGUUCCAGGCCUACGAGAGGCAGAAGAACCCCAGCAAGGAGGAGCGAGAGACCUUGGUGGAGGAAUGCAAUAGGGCAGAGUGCAUCCAGAGAGGAGUGUCACCAUCGCAGGCACAGGGACUGGGCUCCAACCUUGUCACAGAGGUGCGUGUCUACAACUGGUUUGCUAACCGGCGCAAGGAAGAAGCCUUUCGUCACAAACUGGCCAUGGACACAUACAGUGGGCCCCCAUCAGGGCCAGGCCCGGGACCUACGCUGCCUGCUCACAGCUCCCCUGGCCUGCCCCCAGCAGCCCUCUCCCCCAGUAAGGUCCACGGUGUGCGCUAUGGACAGCCUGCAGCCAGCGAAGCAGCAGAGGUGCCCUCAAGCAGUGGUGGUCCCUUAGUGACAGUGUCUGCACCCUUGCACCAAGUGUCCCCCACAGGUCUGGAGCCCAGCAACAGCCUGCUGAGCACUGAAGCCAAGCUGGUCUCAGCAGCUGGGGGUCCUCUGCCUCCUGUCAGCACCCUAACAGCCCUUCACAGUUUGGAGCAGACAUCCCCAGGCCUCAACCAGCAGCCUCAGAACCUCAUUAUGGCCUCACUGCCUGGGGUCAUGACCAUUGGACCUGGGGAGCCUGCCUCCCUGGGCCCCACAUUUACCAACACAGGCGCCUCCACUCUGGUCAUUGGCCUGGCCUCCACUCAGGCACAAAGCGUGCCUGUUAUCAACAGCAUGGGCAGUAGCCUGACCACGCUGCAGCCGGUCCAGUUCCAGCCACUGCACCCCUCCUAUCAGCAGCCUCUCAUGCCACCUGUGCAGAGCCACGUGGCCCAGAGUCCCUUCAUGGCCACUAUGGCCCAGCUGCAGAGCCCUCAUGCCCUCUACAGCCACAAGCCCGAGGUGGCCCAGUACACACAUACAGGCCUGCUCCCACAGACCAUGCUUAUCACUGACACCACCAACCUGAGUGCGCUCGCCAGCCUCACGCCCACCAAACAGGUCUUCACAUCAGACACGGAGGCCUCCAGUGAAUCGGGGUUGCACACGCCAGCAUCUCCAGCCACCACUAUCCACAUACCCAGUCAGGACCCUGCUAGCAUCCAGCACCUGCAGCCUGCCCACCGGCUCAGCGCCAGCCCCACAGUGUCCUCCAGCAGCCUGGUGUUGUACCAGAGCUCUGAUGCCACCAACGGACACAGCCACCUGCUGCCAUCCAACCAUGGUGUCAUCGAGACCUUCAUCUCUACGCAGAUGGCCUCUUCCUCCCAGUAACCAUGGUGACCACCUCCCAGGGGCCAGGCCCUAGAGCCUGCACUGCCUGCCUGGGGGGUGAUGAGGGCUGCAGCCACACGGUCUGGAGGACCUCGAAGCCUGCCAUGCUUCUGCUGCUGUCUUUCCUGGAAAACUCUGUCUUGGUCCCUUUGUCAGCACUAGAAAGGGACAGUUCCACGGGGGUCCUGGCCUGAAGGAGGGCUGUGUCAGCUGAACAAGAGUGGACCACGGAGAGCCAGGAGCAGUCUGUUCCUGGUAGGAUUCUAAAAGGCCCAUCCCUACUGCUCAGGAUAAAACACUUAUUAUUUAGAACAGAAGGGGCAGGCUUUGGCUUUGGAACUCCC